AAGUAUCGGAGACACCGGCGCUGCGCGUCGCGACGGCGGUAUUAAAUUUCGACGCUGCCGCCGUUAUCAGGCCCCGUACGCACGCGACGGACGCUCCAACAGCUGAAUAUUCAGUGUUGUCAGUCAGUCGUGUGCCGGCUAGCGAACGGGGCUAUUAUCGAAAAACGCCGCGGACUUCGGGCAGAAGUCGCGAUAUCGAAGACGAUCAGGAGCGAGGUUUGUUUUUGUUUAUAGUUUCGUUCGAUUCACGUACGAAAUUAAGCGGGAGAUUUGAAUUAAACAAUUGAUAUUUUGGUGUGUUAGAUACCUUGAAGUGUUUUUUGUGUCUUUUUAUUUUUUCUGGAUAUUAUUGUUAGCUGGAAACAUGAUUUGGAUUCAGGUGAAGAUCCGUUACAUAGACCCACAUCCAAAAUAAGCUGGAGUCCCGAACGAUCAAAACCCAGCUGCAAUGUCCACAAUUCGCAGCUCAAAUUCUCCAACUCCGACAACAACCCCACUUCGUCUCAGCCGACGACAACACAGAAAGUCAAUCCUAUCGAUGCUUAGAGAUAAGACCAGAAAAGUCCAUCAUUUUAGCCAGAAGAUACUCGAAAAGUCACACCUAUCAAAGUCCAGACGAAGACUGCCUUGAGUAUCCAGAAGGAUACAUUCACGAGCACUACAGUCCUGUUUUAGCCCGAAAAAAUAAACCUUUUUGGAAAUCAAAAUCAGUGGACUGUCAUAAAGUUGAAGAUAACAUUUUGGCGAAAAGAGAUAACUGUAAGUCAUCCCCAGACGUUCACGAAGACCCAAAGUUCUCGGUGAACAAAUUUCUGAAGAAGUUAGACAAUAAAACCAGUAAGGUACUCUCAAAAUACACGAAACAGAAAAAGAACAACGAGUCUAGUCUAAAUUCGAAUGAGAUUGAUAAGAAUAAAAUCUUAUCUCCUUACAAUACUGAUAAUACAGGCAGUCUAACCACUUCGAGUAGUGAAUUAGUGCUGAGACGACCUGUCCCAAACUACGAUGUAAACAAAAACGAGAUCAUAGUAUAUCAGAAGCCUAAAGAGGUAGAACGUCGUGCCAAAACCAAGUACAGUCCAUCUCCGGAACGGGUUAUUACUGAGACUGUACCUCCAAAACCUCCAAACGAUUUAGUGCCGUCUAGUGAUUCUAGUGAACCAAAAGACAGAUCGAACAUGUAUCGGUUCAGUUUAAGACUGAAGGAGCGCUUGGUGAUAUGUGUGAGCAUAGUGGCGGUGUUGUUCACGUUCAUGUUGGUGAUGGACAUCCAGAUGGACUUGGGACUGUCCAAGAGACACUUGGUGCCUUCACACGGGAAAAUUAAGUACGUGGUGAAGGAGGAUGGACCCGGGUCUGCGUAUAAUAGUUUUAAGAAUAGGCUGCUGCAAAAAACUAACAGUGGCAUCAGCGGCAACAUGUCCAAAGAAAGUCUUCCAAACGACACAGUAGUGAACACCAAACGAUCCCACAAAGACGACUCGCACAAAAUCCCUAAUAUUGAUGACAAAGACGAACAAGUAGACGAUUUCAGCGAUUUGAUGGACUACGUGGCUCUGGACAGUUUGGAGAGGGAAAAAUACAAGUUGGAAGUAGGUCGAAGUCACGGUGUCAUCAGUAAAGUUGCUGGUGGUACCAAUUCUGAUAAUCCGACUAUAGGAGACCUGAAAAAUAUUAUCAUAGAAAAAAACUCAACUACUUUGGAACAGUUCCAUGCUCAAAUAUCGCAGCACGAAUUAUAUGCAGAAAACACACCACUGGUCGAUCAACUUUUAAAAGACAUGCGGACUGAACCUAUAGUACACGUUGCUCAGAAAUCGGGCGGAACGCAACUCAAGUUAAUCAUCGAUUAUCCCAACGAGCUGCAGGCCCUCUUCAAGCCGAUGAGGUUCCCCAGGGAGCAGCAGACCCUUCCCAAUCACUUUUACUUCACGGACUACGAGCGACAUAACGCCGAGAUUGCUGCCUUCCAUUUGGACAGGAUACUUGGCUUCAGGAGAGCCAUGCCCGUAACCGGACGCCUCCUCAACAUGACGACGGACUUGUACCAGAAAGCCGAGGGCGACCUCCUCAACACCUUCUUCGUCUCGCCCUCGGACAAUCUUUGCUUCCACGGCAAGUGCUCGUACUACUGCGACACAUCGCACGCGAUUUGCGGCAAUCCGGACAUGUUGGAGGGCAGUUUCGCGGCGUUCUUGCCUUCGAACAAGAUCGCGCCGACAAAGGUAUGGAGACAUCCGUGGCGCCGCUCCUACCACAAGAGGCGGAAAGCUCAAUGGGAGACGGACCCCAACUACUGUCAAAUGGUGCGCGAGAUCCCCCCCUACGACAAGGGUCGGCGGCUGCUCGACCUCAUGGACAUGGCCGUGUUCGAUUUCCUUAUUGGGAACAUGGACCGGCACCACUACGAGACUUUUAGGUUAUUUGGUAACAAUACUUUUACUCUACAUCUGGACCAUGGACGAGGCUUCGGUAAGCCUUACCACGACGAAGUGUCAAUAUUGGCACCAGUACUUCAAUGCUGUAUGAUAAGACAGUCUACGCUAGAAGUAUUACUUAAGUAG